CGCACUUCAUGAACAGAGACCGCACGUGUGUGUGUGUGUGUGUAAGUGAACGACAGAGAUACUAAGAGCUGGCGGUCAGUUUGAUGCAGACCUUCAGACCGGAGAGAUUCGUGGCCAAAUAAAACUGGACUGCCCAAUCAGAGAAGACGAAUACUCACCCAGAUGAGAUGAGUUUGGGACAUCGCUGAGUGCUCCAACCAACAUGGAGAUUUGUGUGUGUGUGUUGUUACAUUAUAGUAACACGUAUAAGUGCAAAUGUCUUAAAACAUUCAUGUGAGCGUGUGCAUGUGAAAGGUGAAGUAGUGUGAGUGCGAGCGGGGUCUGAUGGUGUUCACCAUGUCAGAGGAGGACGUGACUAACUGCACCAUCAGCCAUGAAAUCCAUCAGUACCUCUUCUCCUCGGUGUAUAUACUUGUACUAUUGGUCGGCAUUCCCUCCAACCUGUACUCUUUGUACCACGCUGCUCUACAACUGAAGCAGAAGAAUGAGCUGGGAGUUUAUUUAAUGAACCUUACUGUGUCAGAUCUGUUAUACCUGGCAUCAUUACCCCUGUGGCUACAGUACUUCUUUCAGGAUGAUGACUGGAGUCACAGGGAGUGGUUGUGUCAGCUCUGUGGCUUUCUGCUCUAUGAGAACAUUUACAUCAGCAUUGGUUUCCUGUGCUGUAUCAGCCUGGACCGCUAUCUGGCUGUGGUCCACCCUUUAAGGUUCACCUCUCUCCGCUCUAUGAGUGCGGCAUGGCUUGUUAGUGCCAUCAUCUGGCUGAAGGAGAUCGCUGUGGGUGUUGUUUUCUUCCGCCAUAAAGAACUGAGCAAAAACCGCAAGAACCAAUCAGUGUGCUUCGAGCACUACCCCAUGCAGCCUUGGGAGUAUCCAAUCAACUAUUACCGCUUCACUAUCGGCUUCAUGUUUCCGCUGGCUAUUUUAUCGAUCAGCUACCUGUGUGUCCUUCGGGCCGUGGGCCGGAGCGCUGGGACGCAGCCUGAUCAGAAGACGAGGAUCAGGCAGUUAGUCAGCAGCACCAUUCUCAUCUUCCUUGUCUGCUUCUCCCCCUACCACGUCUUCCUGUUAGUGCGCACCCUGCUGGAGCGAGACUGCAACUUUAUCGCAGGAAUAUUUAACUACUACCAUAUGUCAUUGUUGCUGACCACCCUGAACUGCGUGGCCGACCCAGCUCUCUACUGCUUCGUAAGCGAAAGUGCCCGCCGCGGCCUGUACAGAGCUAUAUUCCGGCCCGUUGCUCGGAUACUAUGCUUCUGCUUUCGCCGUGGCAACGCCAGCCCCGCCAACCCAGCAACCGAUUCCCGCGAGGUCGCCACAGACGAGAACGGCCAGCCAAGUGUGAUGCUGCUCACACACACCAGCAACUUAGGAAAAACAGACAACAAAAACACAAUUUUAAUCACACAGACUAAUGAAAAGACUAUCAUACCCUUAAUUAUACACAAUAAUAGACACUCUGAGAAAUGUGUGGACAGGGAUGGAAAGCCCAGCUGUGUGAUUGCCAUGGAAGAGCAGAGCAAAAAGACAGAGAGGACUGACGAGACAGACAAGAACACCAGCAAAAACAAUCAGUAAACCAUGCUAGAGUCCUCAGAGCAAUGGGAAGAAGCCAAGACUGCCUGUAAACACGCAAUUGCAGCGGGCCCUAAUGAAGCAAUGCUGCCCACCCAGCUGUGUUUACAUCAUCAUCAUCAUCAUCAUCAUCAUCAACAUCAUCAAUAUCAUCAUCAUCAUCAUCCAAUGGCAUUGGACUGAAACCAUUUUCUUCUCUCUCUGCAGUGAUUUCACUGAGCCUUGGUACAGUAACUUCCACUAUGUGAGAGUUCAACAUGAAUCUAAUGCCCUGUUUCAUUUCUCUAAUGUGUUUUUAGACAUGGGAGCAAAAUGGAGGUGUAGUUUGAGAUUGUCACAAGGUCCGUAUGCAUAAGGAGGUCACACGUACUUUUAUUUAAUUGUGCAUUUGGGUACCGAACCCUCGGAGAAGGUUUUCUUUAAAACAGUAGUAUCAUGUUACCACUUUCGAAUAAGAUACCUUUUAUAAAAAGUAGUUGUAACUAAUUAUUAAUGGUUUAUAAAUAAUUUACUAAGGCUUUAAAGAUCAAGUAUAAGCUCUCAUUAACUACAAUGUUUGGGUUGCCAGCUGUAGCGUAGCCAGAAGUCAUGUUGUGGUUGGGCAGAGAAAAUAUGUGGGCAUGGUCGCUAAUCAUUUUGGUCAGUGCAUGAACACAAUGCACUAAAUAAGAAAGUGGUAUACUUAUGGUGCAGCUAUACAAAUAAUGACACAAUCCAUUUAAUGGAUUUACUGAUGUUUGCUGACUUAAGAAGAAAAUGUUUCUUUGUUUCUAAUGGGCCACUGGGUAGGGAUUAAAUGUAUUAAAGUUGUCCAUAAAUAUGACCAAAAUCUACCCAUUAGCAACUUUCUACAGUAUUUUGUGGGGCAUAAUGUAACGUCCAUGGAUGGAUUUGAGACUUUAGCAUAGAUGAUUGAUUUAAAAAAUCUUUUGCUUUAAAGCAAUACUGUGUAACUUUUGCUGAACAGCCAAUGUGGCCAAUAAUUGA